AUAAUAUACUCUUUUGUCCCUUUGAAUUUGCUAUUUAGAGUUAUAUUUCUCGUCACAAUUCACAAAAUUUUACUCUCAAUAGCAAACUUAAAGGAAAGUGAUAUUUUCCAUUAGAACAUGUCGCUCUCAGUAGCAAACUCAAAUGAACAUACUACUAAAAGUAAUAUUUUCACUGUAAUAUCUUAAUCACAAUAGCAAACUCAAAAGGACAAGUGAAUAUUUCCUCAGCAGCUCACGACCACUGGUUUUGACUAGUGACAGAUUUUUUUUACAGAUAUCUUCUUCAUAUAUUCUGAUUCUUGUAAACAUAUUGAGUUUCUGUAACAAAGAAAGAAAAAAUAACACCCAAAUGACAUUAUUUACAACUGAGCUGUUCCCCAUUUGUCUUCCUUAUAUUAGGGAGCUUAGAUUUCCGUCAUUGAAUUCAUUUCAAAAUUGUUUAAUUACCUGCAAAAGGACCAUUCAAAAUGAGAUUUACUACAGAAAUAUACCAAAACUCCAUGUGUUUUCUGUCGAAACUCGACCGACAUUUUUGCAAACUCCUGAUCUAAAAGAGACCCAGUUGCUGAAAUUGGUGAAAAAGUCAUUUAAAGCUGGGAAUUUUAAUGAGGCUUUGUAUUUCCUGCAGAGUAUGGUGACUAGAGGUUACCAGCCUGAUUUGGUUCUCUGCACAAAGCUCAUUAAAGGGUUUUUUAGCAGUAAAGAAGUUGACAAAGCAAUAGAAGUAAUGAAUAUGUUAGAAACAAAAGGCGAACCUGAUUUAUUUGCAUAUAACGCCAUGAUUAGUGGUUUCUGUAAGGUAAACAGAAUUGAUGAUGCUAAUCAGUUGCUUAAUAGAAUGAGGGCUAGAGGAUAUUCACCUGAUGUAGUUACUUACAAUAUCAUGAUUGGUAGCCUUUGUAGCAGAGGGAAGCUUGAUUCAGCUUUGAGAGUUUUGGAUAAGCUGUUGAAAGACAAUUGUCGACCGACUGUCGUCACCUAUACUAUCUUGUUAGAAGCCACUAUAGUUAAUGGAGGGACGAACAAUGCGAUGAAACUGUUUGAUGAGAUGCUAAAACAAGGGCUUCAGCCUGAUAUGUAUGUAUAUAACACUAUGAUUAGAGGGAUGUGCAAAGAGGGCUCAGUAGAUCAAGCGUUUUCGUUUUUUCAGAACUUACCUGCCAAAGGCUCUCAUCCAGAUGUGAUCUCGUACAAUGUCCUCUUACGGGCGUUAUUAGACCGGGGGAAAUGGGAACAAGGAGAGCAAUUAGUGAGGAAGAUGCUAUGUAGAGGAUGUGAGCCUAAUGUUGUUACUUACAGCAUACUGAUAGCUGCAUUAUGCAAAGCUAGUAAGGUAGAGGAGGCUCUAAAUAUGCUGAAGGUUAUGAUGGAACAGGGCUUAAAACCUGAUAAUUAUAGUUAUGAUCCUCUGAUUUCAACAUUUUGUAAAGAGGGGAAAUUGGAUUUGGCUAUUGGAGUUUUGGAUCUUAUGAUCUCAAAUGGAUGCUUACCUGAUAUUGUCAAUUACAACACUGUUCUGGCAGCUCUAUGCAAAAAUGGAAAGGCUGAUCUAGCUCUGGAAAUUUUUGAUAAGCUUAGUGAUGUAGGUUGUGACCCAGAUGCAAGCUCCUACAACUGUUUAAUUACUGCAUUAUGGAAUAGCGGGGAUCGAUCUAGGGCAAUGAAAAUGGUUGAAGAAAUGUUCAAGAAUGAAAUUGAGCCUGAUGAAAUAACUUACAAUGCCCUUCUGUCGUGUUUUUGUAGAGAUAGGAUGGUCGAUGAGGCUAUGAAGUUAUUGAGAGAUAUGGAGAACUUUGGUAAUAAGCCAACAGUUAUUAGCUACAAUAUGGUCUUACUUGGUCUUUGUAAAGAACAUCGACUGACAGACGCGGUUGAAUUGCUAGGACGAAUGGUCGAAGAAGGUUGUCAGCCGAAUGAAACAACUUAUACGUUAUUGAUUGAAGGGAUAGGAUUUGCCGGAUGGCAUGAUGAGGCUAUGAAAUUGGCAAGCUCCCUGAUGGAAAUGGAAGCUAUUUCCUCUGAUUCCUUCAGGCGCUUGUGUAAGACCUUCCCCGUUCCUCCAUAAAAAGAACCUGCAGCUUAUGGACAAUGAAGUUUAUAUUGCCAUAAUGAAACAGAUUUGCAAAUUUUUUCUCGGUAUGUCAGAGAUAAGACACUGUAAAUAAAGUUUUAUAUUCAACACCCACAAUUGCAUAGAUAUUUAAUGUUGCCAGUUACUUGAAGACAUCUGACAUUCCAUAUCUGAUGUAAUUUUACCAAUUUUCUGUCCUUUUUACAUCAGAUUUGCAUUGUAUAGUUAAAGUGUGAAUAUUUGGUCGUA